CCUCUUUCUUCGGUAGAUUGUUCUAUUUUCUGUUCCUCCUCAGCAACCCUAACUUUAAGCUCUUGGCAAUCGAUGGCUGAUGAAUCUAAUGUGCCGGAAAACACCCUCUCUUGCGCUAACUGUGGAAAACCCGCCAAUCUCCAGUGCCCAAAAUGCAUGGAAUUGAAGCUUCCUCGUGAAGGUUCUGCCUUCUGCUCUCAGGAAUGUUUCAAGUCUUCGUGGAGCUCGCACAAAUCAGUGCAUCUUAAGGCAAAACUAUCCCCACCUGACACACAAAAUUCAGGCUCAGUUGGUGAAGGUUGGCUAUAUUGUUUGAAAAGAGGGCAGGCUCGAACUCCAAAGCUUCCUUACUUUGAUUGGACUGGAUCACUGCGGCCAUAUCCCAUUUCUAGUAAACGGAUUGUCCCAGGUCAAAUUGAUAAACCUGACUGGGCUGAUGAUGGAAUCCCAAAACUCGAGCCCAAUAGUGGUCUGCAGCAUACUGUUGAGGUUAAAACUCCAGAUCAAAUUGAGAGAAUGAGGGAAACUUGUCGGAUUGCGAGGGAGGUUUUGGAUGCUGCUGCACGUAUUAUUCAGCCUGGUGUGACGACUGAUGAGAUUGAUAGAGUUGUUCAUGAAGCAACUAUUGCUGCAGGAGGAUAUCCAUCACCUCUUAAUUACCAUUUCUUUCCUAAAUCUUGCUGCACGUCAGUUAAUGAAGUAAUAUGCCAUGGAAUUCCUGAUGCAAGGAAGCUUGAGGAUGGUGACAUUGUAAAUGUUGAUGUCACUGUGUACUAUAAAGGUGUCCAUGGAGAUCUCAAUGAAACAUACUUUGUAGGAAAUGUUGACGAAGAGUCUCGCCAACUAGUAAAAUGCACUUAUGAGUGCUUGGAGAAGGCAAUAUCCAUUGUUAAACCUGGGAUAAGAUUCCGUGAAAUUGGUGAAGUUAUUAAUCGUCAUGCUUCAAUGUCUGGCUUCUCAGUGGUAAAAUCAUACUGUGGUCAUGGAAUUGGAGAGCUCUUCCACUGUGCACCAAACAUUCCUCAUUAUGCUAGAAAUAAAGCAGUUGGUGUGAUGAAGGCUGGACAAACCUUUACAAUUGAACCAAUGAUCAAUGCUGGUGUCUGGCGUGAUCGUAUGUGGCCUGAUGGAUGGACUGCUGUUACAGCUGAUGGUAAACGAAGUGCUCAAUUUGAGCACACUCUUUUGGUGACAGAUACUGGUGUUGAAGUUCUAACAGAGAGGUUGCAGACAUCACCCGAUGUUUUUCCUUGGCUAAAUUCUUAAUUGGGUGAAUCAAUACGAGGACAGAUGCUCACAGUUUCUAAAUAUAGGAAGAAUUUCUUUGCUCUAUUUCUCUGGUUGGCUCUUUUGGGUAUUGUGUUUGUAAGGUAUACAAAAAGAAACAGAAGCAAAAUUCAUUUUUGUUUAGGUGAAAAUUAA